AAUCUUUUUCCAAAAAAAUUUAGAAAAUUCUCCAUUGCAAUUGCCAUGUCCUUCCUCCCACCUGAACCCAUGUUCUUUGGCUAUGAAUUAGAUCACCACCACCACCCUCAUCACUUCCAAGGUGUUGAGCCACUGAUGAUGAGAAGAUCCAUGUCAUAUUCCGGUAGGGAAGCUGAAGAAAUGAAUGCCGGCGACGGUGAGACGUCGGAGGACGAAGGAUGUCAACUGGGAGAGAAGAAAAGAAGGCUCAACUUAGAGCAAGUGAAAGCUCUAGAGAAAAGCUUCGAGUUGGGAAACAAGCUCGAACCAGAAAGAAAGCGCCAACUGGCUAGGGUUCUAGGGUUGCAGCCAAGACAGGUAGCCAUCUGGUUUCAGAACCGAAGGGCUCGAUGGAAGACUAAACAGUUAGAGAAAGACUACAAUGUCUUAAAGAGACACUUUGACUCCAUUAAAGCUGACAAUGAUGCACUCAAGAACCAAAACAACAAACUUCAUGCACAGUUGGUGGCUUUAAAGAGCGGAGAACCAAAUGGGGUUAGAGCCAUGGUGAAUCUAAACAAAGAAACAGAAGGAUCUUGGAGCAAUGGAAGUGAUAACAGUUGUGAAGAUAACAACACCAUAUUUUACACCCAGAUUUCAAACAAUUCUUCCAUGAUCGGCGGCGGCUUAACACCGCCGUAUCUCCUCGGUCAACCGUUAAAUCAGGAGGCGGUCGCCGGAGAUCAUGAAGGUUUCUGCACUAAUAUGCUUAAUGUUAUGGAAGAUCAACAACCUGCAGCUUUUUGGCCAUGGCCGGAGUCUGAGCAGCAGCAGCAGCCUGAACUAUAAAAAUGAAAAAUCUCUA